AUGCCAACUCGGGAGCAGGUCCAUGAAUAUAUAGACCAAGACCUUGGCAACUGUGUGCCGGUAUGGGUCACGCUACCGGCAGACGUCUUGACGCCCGUCAUGGCUUAUUUACGAAUCACCGACGGCUGCAAGACUGUGUCUGACGACAAUCAUGCUGGCUCCUUCUUGCUCGAGAGCGUCGUAGGAGGCUCUCAUGUAGGCCGGUAUAGCUUCGUCGGAGCGAAUCCCUACAGAGUACUGCGAUCAGGCAAAGGCAAAGAAGUCGAAGGUGACCCGCUCAUAGCGCUCCAGACCGAACUCGAUCGGUAUCGCUACGUCGAAGUGCCGGGAGCGCCCUUGUUCACAGGCGGCGCUAUCGGCUACGUAGGCUACGAUUGCAUCAGACAUUUCGAAAAGAAAGCCGAGCGACCUCUCACGGAUCCUAUCGGGAUACCGGAAAGCGUUUUCAUGCUAUGCGACUCCGUCAUCGUCUUUGAUCACCUCUUCCAGACCGUCAAAGCCGUCUCGCACGUCAUCCUACCCAGCGCUCAAUCUGACCAACAUGCGACAUCACGACCGAGCAAAACGCAAAUUGAUGAACUCUACGACGAAGCCAACCGAAGGAUAGCAAAGGUUGUCGAUUUGUUGCAAUCGACGCAACCCAUACCCUUUCCCGAGCAGCCGCCGAUAGAAUAUCCAGGUCAGGAGCCGGUCUCGAACGUCGGAGAAGCAGGCUACAAAGCUUUCGUGACUCAGCUCAGGAAGCAUAUCGUCAAGGGCGAUAUCAUCCAAGCAGUGCCUUCGCAGAGGUUCGCUAAACCUACAGCUUUGCACCCCUUCAAUGCCUAUCGCUAUCUUCGCCAAGUCAACCCUUCUCCGUACAUGUUCUAUGUCGAUUGCGGCCAAGGCUUGAGCUUAGUAGGUGCAAGUCCCGAAUGCCUCUGCAAGGUCGAGAAGAACAAGGUCACCAAUCAUGCGAUAGCAGGCACGAUCAAGCGUGGUUCGAGCGAGAUAGAAGAUGAGCGUCUGGCGGAAGAGCUCCGUGGCUCGGAAAAAGAUCGAGCGGAGCAUGUCAUGCUUGUCGAUCUCGCGCGCAACGACGUCAACCGCGUUUGUCAACCCACAACAGUCACGGUCGACUCGCUCAUGCAAGUCGAGAAGUUCAGCCACGUCAUGCACUUGACCAGUCAGGUCUCUGGCAUUCUCAGAUCCGACAAGACAAGGUUCGAUGCCUUUCGGUCUAUCUUCCCAGCAGGCACGGUUUCCGGUGCGCCCAAAAUCAGAGCGAUGCAGCUCAUCGCCGAACUCGAAAAGGAAGCACGAGGGGUCUAUGCGGGCGCUGUUGGUCGUUUCAACUUUGCACACGAUACGAUGGAUACUUGCAUUGCGAUCAGGACAAUGACGUUCAAAGAUGGCGUGGCGUACCUGCAAGCAGGCGGCGGGAUCGUGUUCGAUAGCAAUGAGGAAGACGAGUACAUCGAGACGCUCAACAAGCUAAAGUCAAAUCUGAGCUGUCUCGAUCAAGCUGAACGUUAUUACGCUCAGUCCUGA